GAAAGACCCUCGAGACAAGGCAGAGGUUAGUCAGCCAUUGAAAACAGUUGUGCUUUUAGGUCAAGUUUAUACACACAAAGUUCAUUUGAGAAAUACUUAAGAAACACUCACAACAGUAUCAGGUUUCAUCAUCUUGUAAAGCCAGACAAAUCAUUUUCUCUGUCUCAAUUUGCAUCAGAAAGUACAUUACACUCAUGAAAAAAAGUUUUGUGCUUGAUGACCAAGUUGGCUAGUGUGAAACAGAUCUGUUUAGGCCGGGAGUCACUGAGCACAUCCAACUUUCACUCACUCGAGAGGUUAUCAUUCUAUUAGGCAGCGUAUCUAUCAAGAGCCAAUAGCAGGAUGAGCAGGAAGUCGUGACCGGUGGCGAAACGCGAGAUGGGAGGAAACGGUUGAUCACAGGUGUUCCGUGGAGGUCGGCAGUUAAAUGUUCUAUUAUUCUAGCGGAAUAUAGCUAAUUAAAGGGAAAACUCUAGAGAGUUUGAUGCGACUACUGUUAUUCUACUGAGGGGAAGUGAGUUUUAAGAAGAACGAUUGCAACGAACGAAAGUACAAUUCUGACUUUAGUGCCGAAGAGAAGACAACCAUCAAGAUUCGAAAGAUUCAGAGAUACGGAUAUGCUCGGCAUACUUGAAUCUUUAGCAAGUUUGGUAACGGCGUAAAUGAGAGAGUAAACAAGACAAGGACAGUUCUGAAAAGGUUUCUUUUGCAGAAUACUCUGUGAUAAACGUUAACAAUGGAACAGGGAUUAUCUACAAGACAUAUAGGAUGUACCAUUCUGAUAGUCCUGUGUAUUUUAAGCACCCAUGUCUCAGCGACGUUUUAUUAUCCAUAUUACAACUAUUACCAUAGGCAGCGUCCGACAAAAUGUGCGUAUUCCCUCGUGGUAAACGAGGUCUCAGGAACAAAAUGUCCAGAACUCAUGCAGAGACUUCAGGCUGACCAAGCGUCGGCUAAGUUACAGAAGGAGGCUACACCACGCUCAGAGUCAACGUCAGAAACGAAGAAAAUCAGGGAGGAAUUACGAAAUUUUGAAGCGACGUUUUACAAAGAAAUGUCUCGGUUAAAAGACCUGAACAUGACAGUAAAGAUCCAACAAGACACUUUAGAAGAUACGCAGAAAUAUGUCAAGAAAAAGGUUCUCAAUGCGACGCGGUUCGAUUUAUUGAUUAAGAAUAUGGAUAAAAAGAUUGAGAAACAGUGGACGUAUAUCCAGGAUUUAGAAUCGAAAGUGUUCGAGGUGAUGACAAGUUUGGGCGAGUUGAAUCUGAUGCUGGAAAAGAGGCUACCUAAGAUGAAUGACCUCGAUACGAAGAUUAUCAAUGUGGAGUCUGUGGCCAAGGUCAAGAACUGUGGAUUAGGCAAGAACACCAAGUAUUAUCGCGAUUGUCUCCACAUCUACCUGAGCGGCCAUCGGAAGAGUGGUGUCUACUAUGUGACACCGAUCUACUCGGCCUGCCCGAUACCUGUGUGGUGUGACAUGGACACACCAGGGGGUGGCUGGCUCGUCCUCCAGAGACGCAAAGACGGAGCCCUCAGCUUUGACAGGACGUGGCUGGAGUACCGAGGAGGAUUUGGUGACCUGAACAAGGAAUUCUGGCUCGGGAAUGACAAUAUCUUCCUCCUGACGAACCAGGAUACUUUCCGACUGCGUGUCGAUUUGUGGGAUUUCAAGGGAAGCAGAGUGUACGCAGAAUAUGAGAAAUUCGUCGUGGACGGUGAACGGACAAACUUUAGACUCCAUAUUGGUAAUUACAGUGGGACAGCGGGUGAGGGCUUGCUUCGCCAUAACGGUGCAGAUUUCAGCACACCUGAUAGAGAUAAUGAUGUAUGGGAGAAGUAUCACUGUGCCAAGGAAUGGGGGGCCGGUUGGUGGUUUACAAAUUGUUGGUUUGCGUUCCUCAACGGCCUUUACUCAAACUCCACCAAUGUCAAAUACCGUGGUGUCGCUUGGAAUGACUGGAAAAAUGAACAACUUAUGGCGGUGGAGAUGAAGAUAGUGCCUAUUCUAUGAGACAACUCUCCUUAACUGAUUAAGAACCUUAAUAUUGCAAAUCAUUUCCUCAGAAAAUCUCAAUGUUACUUUUCCAAACAGGCUGAAUGUCCUAAUGAGGACACAAUUUAAAUUGACACCCUCCCCCUCCAUAACAUGUUCUCCUCGAGGAGAGAUAUAAUUUUUCUGAUUUGAAUCGUUAUAGAUUCAUUACAAUCGUCGACUUCUGAGGACCUAUUUGGGCAUGAAUCCAGGGGCAAGGUUCGAGACUUUUAGACUUUUAGACUUGCAUACUCAAACAAGCGUGUAUCUGAAAUCAGAGUAGAAAUAAAAUGUCUCAAUUCUGGGCAAAAAAGCAAGUUCUGAAUCCCAUAAUUCGACGAAAUAUCUUUGAAAAGUUGUGCUCCUACCUCUCCUGUUUCU